AUGGAUGUGGCAGCGGUAGAGGGGAUGUCUCUGCCGGGUAUCCGACUCCGGAAUCGGCCGACGCAAGUGAUGCCGAGCCAGAAGAAGGUCAAAGCCAGGCGGAAAAAGCGAAAGGAGUUGGUUUUAAUCCAGAUAUGCUUGUUCUGCGGCUUGCUCCUGCUCGUCAAGGGCUUUUCCUUCUUAGCGGAAAACGCAGGUUUCGAUGUCUCCAGCCCAAUCACAGAGGACCAGGAGAGGUGGGGAGGCAGGAGGUUACUGCAGGAAAUGGACAACAGCAGCAUGGAGGAAAUGGAGAGUGAAGGAUCUAUGAACUGCACUACUCCAGCUCUGCACGAGUUCCCUACAGAUCUGUUCACACACAAAGAGAGAACAGAAGGAGCGGUGGCCCUGCAUGUCCUGUGUACCAUAUACAUGUUCUGUGCCCUGGCCCUUAUCUGUGAUGACUACUUCGUCCCCUCCCUGGAGAAGAUAUGUGAGCGUCUCAAUCUCAGCGAGGAUGUAGCAGGUGCAACCUUCAUGGCUGCUGGCAGCUCAGCUCCUGAGCUCUUCACAUCUGUCAUAGGGGUGUUCAUCACCAAAGGUGACGUGGGUGUGGGAACCAUUGUAGGUUCAGCUGUUUUCAACAUCCUCUGCAUCAUUGGUGUGUGCGGCUUCUUCGCUGGCCAGGCAGUGAAGCUCUCUCCUUGGGCUGUACUUCGAGACUCAACUUACUACACCUUUUCAAUCAUAGCUCUCAUUGCGUUCAUCUAUGAUGAGAAGGUGUGCUGGUGGGAGUCUCUUAUCCUGAUUCUCAUGUAUGCAGUCUAUAUCCUCAUCAUGAAGUUUAAUGGCAGGGCACAGCGCUACUUUGAUCGUCGAAAGAAGAGCUCAGUAAAUCUGGCCAAUGGGUUGACAGGAAGCACUGAUCUAGAGGAUAAUGUCACUUGUGAUGCUACUGCAGUCCUACUCAAGAAAGCUAACUUCCACUGUAAGCCAUCUGUGCUGAUGGUGGAUGAGCUCCUGUCUGCAUACCCUCACCAGCUGUCUUUCUCCGAGGCCGGCAUGAGGAUCAUGAUCACCAGUCAUUUCUCACCCAGAACCCGCCUCACCAUGGCCUCUCGGAUGCUUAUCAAUGAGAGACAGAGACUGAUCAACACCACUGAGACUCGGGUCAACCGCAUCAACAACGGCGACUCUGACUCAGCAGCCAGGGCCCAGGGAAGGCGGGGUUUGGAGAAUGGGAUGGGUGGGGCUGAGCAGGGCCUGAACGGUAGGUGCAGGCUUCAGCGACUGGAGUCUGGCAAUGAGACGGAGAAUGAAAAUGAGGACAAUGAGAACAAUGAGAAUGACGAGGAAGGAGAGGGAGAGGAUGACAACGGAGGGCCCCUGGUGCCUUUCAAAGUUCCAGCGGGUGUAUGUAACAAGGUGAAAUGGCUGGUCAUGUGGCCGCUGUCCCUGCUUCUGUUCCUCACUGUGCCCAACUGUUCCAAGCGGCGCUGGGAGAGAUGGUUCAUGGUCUCCUUCUUUACUGCCACCAUCUGGAUCGCUGGCCUUUCGUACAUCAUGGUCUGGAUGGUGACUGUGAUUGGCUUCACUCUCGGUAUCCCUGACGUCAUCAUGGGCAUCACCUUCCUAGCAGCAGGCACCAGCGUCCCAGACUGCAUGGCGAGUGUUAUAGUGGCACGGCAAGGUAUGGGAGACAUGGCCAUCUCCAACUCUAUAGGCAGUAAUGUGUUUGACAUCCUGGUGGGCUUGGGUCUGCCCUGGGCGCUGCAAACGCUCUGCAUCGACUACGGCUCCAUCAUCCAUCUCAAUAGCAGAGGACUCAUAUUCUCUGUUGGACUUUUACUAGCCUCAGUAUUCUUCACAGUUCUCGGUGUCCAUUUGAACAAAUGGACUUUGGACUGGCGACUGGGCUUGGCCUGCAUUAUCCUGUACGCCAUCUUUCUAUGCUUCUCCGUCCUCAUCGAGUUCAACGUCUUCAUCUUCGUCAACCUUCCCAUGUGCCGAGACAUCCACUGACCUCCCUCCUCUUCUUCUUCUACUUCUUCCUCCGGCUAAUGGAGGAAACCUCACCUGGCUUCCAGUUUCUUGGCGCCUUCAGACCAAGUCCUACCUUUUUUUCUUUUUCUUCUUUUUUUUCCGAAAUAGAAAAAUAGAGCUCUAUAUGAUUUAUCGUUGGUGCAAUACACACAAGAGAGAGAGGACACCGGAGGUUGUGGAGGUGUUUUUUUUGGGGGGUGGGGACUGCACAUGAGGCGCGAAAAAGAAAGUCCCAGCAGCAGAAAUUGCUGCCAAUCGUUGUUUAAGUUGAUGUACUGAAAGGUUGGCUGGCGUGAACUUAACUGUAUUAAGACCAACAGUUAGGCGACUGUUGGUGAAGAAGCUGCUACUGUUACUGACCGACUGACUGACCGGCAGAAAGAGAGAAAUCCUGCGCUAUCAGCGAUUUUUAGCUGGAUCGUUUGUUACUCUUUGUACAAGUUUGGAUAUAAGCACACAAUUAAGGUAUUUUUAAGUAAAAAAAACUGGCUUUCUCUGUAUAUAAUUGAGGAUUAUAUAAGUACUUAUUUUAGCUGAAACAUGGGUUUCUCUUAUGCACA